ACGUGUGAACUAAUAACAACGAAUAAUAAACGUGUGACAGAUGAAAAUUUUGACAUUGACAUAUUCUGUGCUUUUGAUGACAGUUGUUUGUUGACGUGAAGUGUAAAAAAGUUAAUAUUAGUAAAAAAACAUUAUAAUAUAACGUUUUCUAAUGAAAAUUACUACAAACAAUGCCAAAUAUCUUGUUUUACGCGUAAAGCUCAUAAGUGUAGAAGUAUAAUAUUGAUUGCCCUUAUCACAUUCGUCUAAAAAAUAGGCAAGCAUUUGUGUAUCCAGUUCUUGAUAUAUUGGUGAAUCAUCACUCCCAAACAAGUGUUCAUCGUAUGCUUCUGAUUAUCCCAAGCGCAGUGACAGUUGAUUCCACAAUGGAGUGGUUGUUUGGGCACCGGAUGACCCCAGAGGAGAUGCUGCGCAAGAACCAGCGCGCGCUCAACAAGGCCAUGCGUGACCUGGAUCGGGAGCGCAUGAAGAUGGAGCAACAGGAGAAGAAAGUUAUCGCUGACAUCAAGAAAUUAGCCAAGGAUGGCCAGAUGGACGCGGUGAAGAUCAUGGCGAAGGACCUGGUGCGGACGCGGCGCUACGUGCGCAAGUUCAUGCUGAUGAAGGCCAACAUCCAGGCCGUGGCGCUCAAGAUCCAGACGCUCAAGUCGCAGAGCAGCAUGGCGCAGGCCAUGCGCGGCGUCACGCGCGCCAUGGCGUCCAUGAACCGCCAGCUCAACGUGCCGCAGAUACAGAAGAUCCUGCAGGAGUUCGAGAAGCAGUCGGAGAUCAUGGACAUGAAGGAGGAGAUGAUGAACGACUCCAUCGACGAGGCCAUGGAGGGCGACGACGACGAGGAGGAGAGCGACGCGGUGGUGUCGCAGAUCCUGGACGAGCUGGGCCUGCAACUCGACGACCAGCUGUCCGGCUUGCCGCAGGCCUCGGGCUCGCUCUCCGUCGCCGGCAAGGCGCCCGCGGCGGCGGCGCUGGCGGCCGGCGGCGCGGCGGCCGGCGGCGCGGGGCCCGGCGGCGCGCCGGCCAGCGACGCCGACGCCGUGCUGCAGGCGCGCCUCGACAACCUGCGCCGCGAGUAGCCGCCUCGCCCGCACGACUUGUUCUCGUUCCACAGUGCCCGGGCUAUGAACUGCGACGUCGGCCGACACACACAUUUAUGGUCCUACGACUUGGUUCAUACCGCGGGCACUGUACAUAAUUUUAUUUUCAAACUGACUUUAGUUUCUUAUGAUAAAAUGUCGAGAAUGCAUGUCGGCGAACCGGCAGAAUACGACCCGCGGCACUUGAAUGACAGUUGCAAUAGAUGGUGCCCGGCGUGCGAUUUAUAUCUCCGAUUCGAUGUGCCGCGACCCCUGUAGGCUCGCGGGUCGUUGAGCGGUUUCUUACUAAGAAAACGGUUAUCGAUUUAACCUAGAUUUCAGCUUAUCCUAAAACCGGUUCAAAGCCCUGGCUUCCUCCAAAACUGUACGAGUUGCAUGUACAUAAUAUAUCUACGCCCCGCACAUAGUGAGUGGCGCGACGCCCGAACGUUGCCGGCGAAUUGAUUUUGCUAUACUAUUGUAAAUAUUCGCAUAUAAUAUAUUUAAUAUUAAUGUAAUAAAUAUUAAUUCAUGUA